AUGGCUCAGUACCAGUCUCUCCCCACUGCCUCCCACCUACUGCCCACCACACACGACCCUGAGACCCACCUACUGCCCACCACACACAACCCUGAGACUCACCUACUGCCCACCACACACAACCCUGAGACCCACCUACUGCCCACCACACACAACCCUGAGACCCACCUACUGCCUACCACACACGAUCCUGAGACCCACCUACUGCCCACCACACACAACCCUGAGACCCACCUACUGCCCACCACACACACCCCUGAGACCCACCUACUGCCCACCACACACAACCCUGAGACCCACCUACUGCCCACCACACACAACCCUGAGACCCACCUACUGCCCACCACACACAACCCUGAGACCCACCUACUGCCCACCACACACAACCCUGAGACCCACCUACUGCCCACCACACAUAACCCUGAGACCCACGUGCUGCCCACCACACACGACCCUGUGACCCACCAGCUGCCCACCACACAUGACCCUGAGACCCACCUGCUGCCCACCACACACAACCCUGAGACCCACCUGCUGCCCACCACACACGCCUUAAAAUUCCAAGAGCUCCUUUCCUCCCACAUCCUCGAGAAGCACCUUAUACCAGGGAGACCCACCAGUGAUGGCCCACUGCUCACUACCCACGCCCUCAACAGUCAUAUUCUACCCACCGCCCAUACCUUCAACAAGCACCUCCCGCCCAUCACCUGUGACCACAGUCAAGCGGUCACCCUUGGUCUCGAAAAUUUCUUGCUUCCCACCACCCAUACCCUGGACACCCACCUGCAGCCCACGUUUCAGCUGCAGGAGUGGGCUGCCCACAGCCGCAGACCGAACGAACACACCUACGAUGAAAUGGUCGUCAACGACCUGCCUCCACCAUCCAGGUCGUUCAAGGUGUGGGAAGAGAGUGGUCCCACUGAGUGUGGGCGUGGGGGGAGAGCCACCCCGUCCCCACACCCACCAUCCAAACGCUGCGACAUCAACACACUUCACCCAGGUGAUGGAGAGUCCCCCACACCUUCAGGCGACCGCUCGAACAAGCAGGUGGCAUUCUCAGAGCUGCCCUCACAGCUGGCACCCCUUGACACAGUGCAUAUCCCCAUCUCUGAGCUCCCUGCAGCACUAGAUACCAUUAAUGACAUUUACCAGAGUGCCUACUGCUAGAUGUUGCUGUUUAACACUCGGCUGCUGCUGCUACUGCUGCUGCUUCUGCUGCUACUUCUGUUACUCCUGUUGCAUCGACUGCUGUUGCUACUGCUGCUCCCUCUGCUGUCUAACCAAGCCAAUGACCGCGACAGUGCCUGAACACUCAGCUCCUUUAAGCUAAAAACCGCAUUUUGGUGUCACAAUAAAAGCGCAUCAUAAAUGCCAGAUGGUUGAUGUGAUUCACUGUUGUUGUGGCCAAAUAAUAAUAAUAAAACAACACUUUACAGGGUAAUUAAGAAUACUAUAAUUAUUAAGGCUGUCACUGUUCACCGCCAGUCAACAAUACUUUAAUAAUGGAUCAAAAUAAACUCUAAAUGUAUAUGUAAUGAUAUAUGCUCUCUUCCAUGUGUAUAUAUACUGUCGCUCUCGUUGUAUAAACAUCAUGAGACAUCA